CACAGCGGCUCUGCUCCCACACAACUCAAAGCACAACGGAGGGAAACCCAACGCCACACUCCCCUCGACUCUCUCGCCGGGGCUUCCGUUCCCAAACUACCCCCUCCUCCCCCUUCCCUCCACACCACCAAGAAGCUCGCGGGAAAUGGCUGCCUAGCACUGCACUCUGCAGGAAGCGCGAAGCAGGACAAGGGAGGCAAUGGGUUGCUGCGUCAGCAAGAAGUGCGAAGAGUCGCCGGGCUCGGUGGGGAAGGCUGCGCGGCGGCGGUCGGAGGCGCGCGACCCGCCGCCGCCGCCGCCGGAGGAGGAGACGGUCAAGGAGGUGCUCUCGGAGACCCCGAAGGCCAAGCCGAGGCCCAGGCCGAGGCGCGUGGCCGCGGCGGCGGGGCAAGAGGCGUUGGAGGCCGUGGCCAAGGCGAAGGUCGGCGGUGCCAGGGUGAAGGAUGGUAGCGGUGCCAGAGCGCGUCGGGCGGUGGGGCCGACCCGUUCCGGUCCCUCCGGCGACGAGAAGUCGGAGGUGGCGUCCGAGUCCUCGGCUGCGACCACCGCCGCGGGGCCCGAGUGGUCGCCUGCGAAGGCGGCGCCCAGGAAGCGUGCGGCGGCCGUGCCUGGCGAGGCCACCCGCGUCGCCAGGCGGGACCGUGGCGGCGCUUCCCCUGUCCCAGGCGCCGGUCGCGCUAGUGGCGGCGGCGGGCGCGCGUCGCCGUCGCCGCCGCCCCCGCCGCGGCGUCGCGACACCGGCGAGCGGCCGGGCCGGAGGUCGCCGUCGCCCGCGGCGAAGCGGACGCAGGAGCAGCGCCGCGCGGGCGCGGGUGCCGCCGCCGCCGCGACCCCCGGCACGCAACGUAAGCCGCCCGUCCCGGCGAGGCCGUGCGGCCGCGCGUCGCCGCGGCGCGGGCAGGAGGCGGCCGCGCCUCCCCGGCUCUCGGCGCCGGUGCAGCUGCCGGACGUGCCCGCGAGCUCCGCGUCUCCACAGCCCGCACCGCUGGCGGAGGAGGAGAAUGCCGCAGCCACCGGCGGCGGCGGCGAGGGGAAGGAGUCCCUGGACAACCCGCUGGUGGCCAUGGAGUGCUUCAUCUUCCUGUAGCGCUGCUAAUCCUCUGCCGUCGCCGUCUCCGGUCUCCCCGCCUCAGCUUUCCUGUAGCAGCAGCGUAAUUUGGUGAGUAAUCUCGUGUGGCAACGUUCCCCUGGGUUGUCCUUUUUACACCCCGGGAGAAAAAUUACUCCCAGGUUAGUAUCGCCGUCUGAAACAGAUCAGAAGGCCUUGACGUCCUACUGACGUGCUUAUGUAGUGUGUCUCAUGUUGUUUCGGUGCCCUCCAUGUGAUCUGUAGAGUAUCUUUACGAUCAGUGCCUGUCUAGUUGUAACGUAACAUCCGGUUUCUUUUGCAAUUUGGAGCCAUUCAGAGUUGGAAAGGCA